GGUAAAGGAAACAGCAUUUUAAACACGUUUUUACCAAAUGUCAUAAAUAAUCACAUCCGCUUAGUCGUGACACUAGCACCGCGAUAUACAAUGGUCGUUUUCUCAAGUUAAAACUGAAAGCUUCGUCCUGCAAAAUAAUAUGGAGUCCAGUGACAGUCAUGGGCGGCUCUGUAAAGUAGGCCGGAAGAGUUCAACAUCACCGUAAUUUCCAACUUGGCUUCCCACCAUGGCUGAAGACGACUAUGACACCUUUGUGGACUGGAACCAGAUGGGGGAUCAGGCAAAAAGCAGCAGUCCCACAAAGGUGGACUGCAAGGACCUCAGAGAGUUCAAGCAGAUGGCUCGCCAGGGUUACUGGGCAAAGAAUCACAAACUCCGGGCACAAGUGUACCAGCAGCUGAUCAAAACCAUCCCGUGUCGCACGGUAACUCCGGAUGCUGAAGUGUAUCGAGACCUGAUGGGAAGCGCAGCCACUAAAAAGCCGUCCUCUAACAUCCCGCUGCCAGAGUUUGUGGAUGGGGCCCCUGUGCCACGCUACUGCCUGAAAGCAGACGCAGUCGGCUCCGCCCACCGUAUAAUCAACUGCCUGGCUGGUCAGUUUCCUGACAUUUCCUACUGCCCGUCCCUUCCAGCCGUUACAUCCUUGCUCCUGCACUUUAGCGCCAACGAAGCUCAGUGUUUUGAGCAUGUGAGCCGCAUACUCGCAUGCAACGAGCCAGGCAAGCGGCUCCUGGAUCAGACCUUUUUAGCCUACGAGUCCAGCUGCAUGACCUUCGGGGACCUGGCCAACAAGUACUGCGCACCAGCUCACAAGCUGAUCGUUGCCACAGCCCAGGAUGUGCUGGAGGUCUACUCAGACUGGCAGCGUUGGGUGCUCGGCGACCUGCCCUUCAGCCACAUGGUCCGUGUCCUGGAUGUCUUCAUGGUGGAGGGCUACAAGAUUCUUUACCGCGUGGCCAUAGCAUUACUCAAAUUCUACCGGAAGCACAAGGCGACAGGGGCCACAGCGGGGCAGGGGAACCAGCAGCAGGAUUCGGCCAAAGUCAGGUCAGACAUUCAGGCUUUCAUCAAAGGAAUCACCUCUGUCGUCACGCCUGAUAAACUUCUGGAGAAAGCCUUCUCCAUUCGCCUGCUGAGUCGCAAGGAGAUCACGUUGCUGCAGCUGACCAAUGAAAAGUCCCUGCAACAAAAGGGCAUCACUGUCAAGCAGAAGAGGAAGAAUGUGCAGCUGGCACUCAACCCAGAGACCUUCUCCUCAGAGAUUGUCAGCACAAAGGAGAUGCGAGAAAUCUGGUCAUGGAUCCCUGAGCGCUUUGCCCUGUGCCAACCUCAGCUCCUCUUCACCACCUCCACACAUGGCUGUAGCCUCAACAGAUUCUACUCCCACUGCGAAGGCUAUGAGCCCACUCUGCUGCUCAUCCGAACCACAGAUGGAGAUGUAUGUGGAGCCUUCCUCUCUACAGAUUGGGAAGAACGCAAGCGGGGUGGCAAUAAACUAAGUUUCUUCGGCACGGGGGAGUGCUUCGUCUUUAGACUGAAGCCAGAGAUGGAGCGCUAUGAGUGGGUGGUGAUCCGCCACCCUGAGUUAGCCUCCGCUGUCAAGAAUCAGGGCCAUGAGGACACAGGUGCCUCUGAGGGCCAAAACUCUGAUAGCAAUAGCUUGCAGCAGCCAGACAAGUUGUCUGGCGAGCUGUCGCCUUUCCUAUCCGCCCGCCAUUUCAACCUCAACUCCAAGAAUACGUCCAUGUUCAUGGCGGGGAACUUUGACUCCAUCAUUGUAGGCGGCGGAGAAGGCAAUGCUCUCUACAUUGACUCCGAGCUGAACCACGGGCGCACUGGCCGGUGCACGACGUUCGACAACCCACCGCUAUGCGCUGAGAGCUUCCAGGUGUCCUUGCUGGAAGUGUGGGGCUUCCAGGACACCAUGGCCUCUUAAUGUCCCCCACUUUACGCAAUGAUAAGCACUUAUUCUAACAUGAUGUAAUGUUAAGUCCAGAAAUGUGUUUGAGAAUGCAUUCAACUGAAGCCAUCCUGUAAAUUAGAUGUUAUUUAUUAACCUAAUUUUGUCAUGAAAAAAUGUGAGAAUUUUUUGAGUUGUCUAUUUUUGUAUGUUUUGUAGCUUGUGUGUGUGUGCAUUUUCCGUUAUGUCAGCUGUAGUUUGUGGAAUUAGUGAAUGUGAAGAUUGCUAUAUUGACAGUAAAACAAGCUCAGCGGUCCGAAAGGAAAUCUCAAUGAUCAGAUAUUGUUGUGUUAUUGUGUUUUUUCCCCCACUUUUUCAAGGACUAAGUUGUUAAGUCAGGUUGCUCCAAGUCAGAUACAAGGUUUGAUCCCUUUGUGGUUCAUAUGCGUGUGAACUCUAUAUGAAGUCCUGUGAUAUGUGCUUGUGAAUGUAAUGUGCCAUUUUGCACUAUGGUAAUGCCAAAGCUGUUAAUUGAGACAGCUAAAGCAAACCUCUUUAAAAAAAAAAAAAAGGUCUAUGGCUGCAUUUUUCUUUUGUUAACAAGCAAUGUGGCUGUAUAUUCUGAUAACUUUCCGCCCACACUUAUGCAACCGUUUGAUAUUUGGAUUCAUCUGUAUGGUUAAACAUCACUGGUGUCAUUUACAUGUGAAAAUAAAUACAUCUUGAUGCUUUCCAUAAA